UUAUCAACACACAAUAAAAACUUUUAUUCGAGUAUAUCUACUAGUACUUGGGCAGAUAUGGCUAUUUUUAUGUGAGAAGUUUUGUUGUUUUUAGGUACGAGUUGCAAAAGAGAAAUACCAUUUGUGUCCAAAAUUUAACGUGAAUUACAUUCCUUCCUCCAAUAAGUGAAGAGCAGUUCACAUGAAACGAGAUCACAAAGCUACACUUUUGUCACAGAAAGCCAAAGUGUGUAUAAACAGUACACCUUUAAAAUGGCCUCUGGCGAAGGCAGCAACACCGUUGACAUACUCCACACCGUGUUAGCUCAAAUAGAUAAAGUUCUGGUUGAAUUCUUAAGACUAACAAAGUCACCGAACGCGAAGAAAAGAGAAGUGCCUCUCGCACAGAGAAGACAUCUCUCAGCUGGUACUAGCAGUGGUGGAAACAAGGAAGAAUUUUCCGUAGCCUUGCCUGCGCUGUUUCGCGAGCUCAAGGAAGGAGAUACUGCUCGAAUGGAAAACAUGGCAGAAGAUCUUGCCUCCAGCUUGCUUCAAGAGGGCAGCCAGUGGUCAGUACCUUUAAUGUCCAGUAGAGUGGACAAUCACUCUCUUCUCAUGAGACUAUCCAGGCCAGAGACAUUUAAAGCUGUUCUCGGGUCCGUAAUGGCCAGUGGAGAUCAUUUUGGUAGAAAAGAUGGUGUUUUUAAUGGCAGGAAAGUUCUCGUGCAUGAUGUUAGUGCUACUGCUGUGGAAUGUAAAGGCAAAGAGACAAGUUUGUUACAGCUGAGAUCUGUAGUUCUCAUGCAGCAUGUAAAACACUUACUGGAGGCUGUUGGAUAUUCUGUGAACAUUGUUGGCAGAGGAAAAUCCCAGAAUGAUAUUAUUUUCACAGACAAGCAAGUUUCAAUAGAAAAUACAGUUACUGUUGGUGCACAUGAUUUUCUUCCACUUAAGACAGAAAAUCAUGACUGUAGAGGAGGCAGUGACUCCUUGUUUAAAGAUAAUGGUGAUACUGGGGACACCCAGUUGAUGAAAAUAAAGGCAAUUAUAGACAAAAUAAGGGAAUGUAAAUACUGCAGAGAAGUAGAAAUUCCGAAACGUGAAUUUCAAGGAGAUGAAAUAGCAGGAGGUGAAGUGAAACUAAAAAACGAUAAGGAGGAACAAUUGUGUGUGGAUUUAAAGCAAUAUUUACGUGACUCUGGUUUUUCACAAGGCAAAGAAGGUUAUGAUAAAAGUCUGGAUAAGUUGUACAUUCAUACAACCAAUCCAUACAGCCCCCAUUUGGAGCAAAUUGUGGUUCUUGAUGAAUAUGUUAAAUUAAUGAUGGAAAAAGAGCCUGAAGUGUGUAUCCAUGUGGCGCCAUAUACCAUGUCCUUCAUGCAACAACAAGUAGGUCUGCUGUGGGAGAUGACAUCUGAUGCUGCGAAAAAUAUUUCACAGGUACAUUUGCCAUUUGGACCCAUCUCAGCAAGGAACACUAAAGGUUCAGUGAUGUUACCCACGGCAGAGGAGUUUGUCAGUUUGAGGAAGCGGCAGACGACAGAGGCGUUUGAACUGAAGUAUGGCAGUGGUGUUGGUGAUCCAGGGUGGGACCUCACUAUCCAGUCACUGACAGCUGCUGGGAUUGUGUUUGAAUUUCUGACAACUGUGGCUAGGAAUCCACUGAAACUGGAGUUUAGUCAGAAGUCAGAAGUUGCCACAAAAGGAGGGACAUUUGUGAUGUACAAUUAUGCCAGACUGGCUACUCUCAUGGCUCACUUCGAUGAAGCAGUGGUCAAAGGAAUGUUUCCACCACUACCAGAGUGUUCGCAGCUGGACUUCUCUGCACUCAGAGAAGAGGAGGAAUGGUUGCUUCUCUUCAAUUACAUUCUGCCAUUUCCGAGUCUUGUGGAGGAUUGUGUGGGGCCAUUUCACCCUGGGGAUCCUGGGGCAAAAAUAGACACACACAAGGUUUGUAAUUUUCUCCUCAACUUGAGCAGGGAUCUCAGCUCCUACUAUGGCAGAGUCCAUGUCCUUGGGGAGCCAUUCCCUCACCUCCUUCCCACCAUGUAUUGCAGACUACAUCUAUUAAAGGGAGUGCAAUAUGUUAUGUCCAGUGCCUUUAGACUGCUAGGCAUUCAACCUCUAACUCAGAUGUAAAGCAUGUCCAGCAGCAAGUGACCAUCACCAAAAUUUUGGAUUUUUCACUUAGGGCCCCUUUACACUGGACGGCGUCCUUUCUGCGUCCAGCAGUACGGUCCC